AUGGACAACGCAAAAGAGCUCCUCGAAAUGCCCCGCGAGUUCCUCAAAGACGGCCGGGGCUUCCUUACGCGCUGCUCCAAACCCGACAAGCGCGAAUUCCUCCGCAUCUCGCAGGCCGUCGGCAUGGGCUUCCUGAUCAUGGGCGUGAUCGGGUAUGUGGUGAAGCUGAUACAUAUUCCGGUGAACAAUAUUCUGGUGGGCGGUGCGUAG